AGUCUCAGUAGAGCUUCAGUACCUGUUCAGCAUGUCUUCUCUCACCGUCCCACCACCACAAUGUCUGUUACAACCACUGACUGUCCCAAACCGCCUCCUGCUGGGACCCGGACCCUCCAACGUACCUGCACGGAUCCUAACCGCCGGGGCCAAACCCAUGCUGGGACACCUACACCCAGAGACUGUGGAGAUUAUGGAUCAGAUUAAGAGUGGGAUCCAGUACGCGUUUCAGACCCAGAACCGGGUGACUCUGGCCGUAAGUGGUCCGGGUCACAGCGCCAUGGAGUGUGCCAUCUUUAACGCGGUGGAACCUGGAGAGAGCGUCCUCAUCGCCGUCCACGGAAUCUGGGGCGAGAGAGCCGCCGAGAUCGCGCGCAGGAUCGGUGCUAAAGUGAACACCAUUGUAACGACGGCGGGCAGCUACUUCACGAACGAUGAAAUAGAGCAGGCGUUAGCCAGAUAUAAGCCGGUCCUGUUCUUUCUCACCCACGGAGAAUCCUCGACAGGAGUGGUGCACCCGCUAGACGACAUCGGAGACCUCUGUCACAAAUACGGCUGUUUGUUUCUGGUUGACUCUGUGGCAGCACUAGGGGGCGCUCCUGUCUACAUGGACAAGCAAGCUAUCGAUAUUCUGUACACCGGCUCUCAGAAGGUUCUGAACGCUCCUCCGGGCACCGCACCCAUCUCCUUCAGCGAGAGAGCAUGCAAUAAAAUCUUCAACAGAAAGACGAAGCCCGUGUCGUACUUCCUGGACCUGACCUGGCUCGCUAAUUACUGGGGCUGUGAUGGAAAACCUGCUCGUAUGUAUCACCACACUGGACCUGUGAUCGCAUUCUACAGUCUGAGAGAAGGUCUGGCCAUCCUCGCAGAGACCGGGCUUGAAAAAUCCUGGAAACGACACCAGGAGGUGGCCGAGUACUUCCACACGGGGCUGGAGAAGAUGGGACUGAAGCUUUUUGUGGAGGAGAAGAAAGCUCGACUGCCCACCGUUACGACCAUCGUAGCGCCGCCCGGUUACGACUGGAAAGAGAUCACGGGUUACAUCAUGAAGAAUCACAGCAUAGAGAUUUCGGGAGGACUCGGCCCCUCCGUCGGCAUGGUGCUGCGUGUGGGGCUGAUGGGAUGUAACUGCAGUAAGGAGAACGUGGAGAUGAUUUUGGGAGCUCUCGCCGACGCUCUACAGCGCUGCCAUAAGAGUAAAGUGUGAGAGUGUGGAGAUUAGAACACGCUGCAUCACCCACGCUUCCACAAAUAAAAUCUAUUAGAAAGUAAUAUUAAAGAAUGAUUAAAGAAACAGAA